CAGGACUCCAAAUUCCUAGAAACCCAAAUCAGUGACAGCUCCUCUCCUCCUCCUCCUCUCAUCCUCUCCUCCUUUUCUUCUUCUUCUUCUUCUUCUUCUACUGCCGCUGGACUUUUCUUCUUCUCCUUCGGUGGCGUGUUCUGGGACUCGAACCAUGGAGCUGUCGGAUAUCUCUUUCCCCAUCCCCGCCGCGGACGACUUCUACGACGACCCGUGCUUCGACACCAGCGACAUGCGCUUCUUCGAGGACCUGGACCCGCGGCUGGUGCACACGGGCCUGCUGAAGCCGGACGACUCCUCCUCCUCUCGCUCUGCCUCCCCCUCCUCCGCUUCCUCCUCCUCCUCUCCCACACUCCUGCACCUCCAUCACCGCGCCGAGGCGGAGGACGACGAGCACGUCCGCGCGCCCAGCGGGCACCACCAGGCGGGUCGCUGCCUGUUGUGGGCCUGCAAGGCCUGCAAGCGGAAGACCACCAACGCGGACCGGCGCAAGGCCGCCACGCUGCGGGAGCGCCGGCGGCUCAGCAAGGUGAACGACGCCUUCGAGACCCUGAAGCGCUGCACGUCGGCCAACCCCAACCAGCGGCUACCCAAAGUGGAGAUCCUGCGCAACGCCAUCAGCUACAUCGAGUCUCUGCAGGCGCUGCUGCGCGGAGGCCAGGACGACGGCUUCUACCCGGCACUGCUGGAGCACUACAGCGGGGACUCCGAUGCGUCCAGCCCGCGGUCCAACUGCUCCGACGGCAUGACGGAUUUCAACGGGCCAACCUGUCAAUCAAACAGAAGAGGGAGUUAUGACAGCUCUUAUUUCUCCAAGACUCCAAACGGCGGUCUGAAGAGUCACAGGAGCUCCGUGGUCUCCAGCCUGGACUGCCUCUCCAGCAUCGUGGAGCGGAUCUCCACAGACAGCAGCAGCCUGCAGCCGGCCUCCUCCGCCUCCUCCACCUCUGGCCCCGGGGCCUCGCCGCUGGACCCCCCCGCCGCCGAGGCAGCGGCCCCCGUCUGUGUGCCCUCCCCCACCACCAGUCAGGACCCCAACCUGAUCUAUCAAGUCCUAUAGACACCUGGGCCCCCCCGCUCCGCACAACACUCACACAAGGUGAAACAACACUUUUCACUGACUCUCAUUUCGUUUGAACGGGUCUUCACGUCUUCACGUAACAUCAAUCCAACAAUCCAUUCACACAUUUUUUUUUCUCCUGAAACUGAAAGUAUGGAAGCUCAUUCCUGACGGGGAAAUAAUAAUAAUAAAAGAAUGUAUACUAAUCCCAGAGACUCCAUCCGUCGAUGGAGUUUGACAUUUUAUAGAUUAAUUGAAGUUUUAAAGUAAUUAAAGUUAUUCUCUUAGAAAGGAGGAAUAUAGUUUUUCAAUGCGAAAUGUUAGAAAUGUCAUUCCAAAGUUUCCGUACACCAUUUCCUGCAGGAAUGACCUUCCAUAGCUCGACGUGAUUGACCCUAGAUUCUAAUUCAUGCUGUCAAAAUAAUUAAAUUUUUAUAUUACGGUCAAAACCACUUUUGUAGGAUUUGUAGUUUUUCGAUCCAGUUCCUGCUGUAUUUCUUUUUAGUUUUAAGUUAUGAGGAAACAUCAGAUGGAUUUUUCUUCCUUUCCGUAAAAAAAAAAUCUUAUUUGAUGAAGGACGGAGGCCACAAAAAACAUCCAUUUACAUUCCUCCACUUUCGUCCAUCUGAAGUCAUAAAAGGCCCAGCGGUUCACAGGACAACAACAUCUGCAAUGAUCAAACAGCUGCAGUGAUCCUGUGAUAUUUAAGUAUUGAUAAUGUAUUUGAUUCGCUGCAGCGGAGGACUGUUUUUCUGUUCCUGUACAUAAAGUGUAAAUAAGAGGGGAUUUGUUCCAACUGAACGUAUUAAUUAUGUAUUUAAUGUUUCCGUCUGUGCUUUUGUUUGUUGUGAAAAUGUUUAACUUUAUAUUUAUACAUCUGAAAAAGUGUGACUGUCUAAUGCCAAUAAAUGAACCUGCUUAUUUAUACAAAAAAACA